UAAUAUUCUAAAAUGGAGGGCAAUCAAGAUACUCAAAAUGAUCAUCCUUUGGGGCAAGAAGAGCAGAAGACUGAAAUACCAAUUCAGAGGGAAGGCCAAGAACUUCCAGAGAAAAGAGCUCUCUCCUUGAUUCAUUUUACCAAUGAAGAAGGCUUUAAAGUCUCUGAUGAAGCAAUUGAGUUUCUAACAAGCAUCAAAGAAAAAGUGGGGGUCAUUGUUGUAGCUGGAAAAUACAGGACAGGCAAAUCCUUCCUCCUGAAUCGUAUCAUUCUUGGCAAAAUAGGAGAAGGAUUUGGAGUUGGUCCAACGAUAAACCCAUGCACCAAAGGGCUGUGGGUUUGGAAUGAAAUAGUCGAAACUGAAUACAACGGCGAAAAACUCAAAGUAAUCAUCAUCGAUUCUGAAGGGAUUGGAGCUUUUGAUGAAGACCAUAAUCAUGAUACUAAAAUCUUCUUAUUCGCAUUGUUGUUGUCUUCAUAUUUUAUCUACAAUAGUAUGGGAACUAUAGAUGAAAAUGCGAUCAACAAUCUAUCACUGAUAAUCAACUUAUCGAAGAACCUCCAUAUUCAAGCAGAGACUACUGAGGAGGAAGAUCCAGAUGAAUUAGCAAAAUACUUUCCAAGAUUCUUGUGGGUGCUCAGAGACUUUUCCCUAAAAUUAAGAGAUGAGUAUGACAAUCCCAUCAGCUCUAAAGAAUACUUCGAACAUGCUCUUAUGCCACAGAAAGGAAUUAGUGAAAAGGUUGAGGCUAGGAACAGAAUCAGAAGAUUAAUCAAGCACUUCUUCACAGAUAGAGACUGAGCUACACUAGUGAGGCCAACUGAGGAAGAAACUGACUUACAAGCACUCCAGUCUCUCCCUGAUGAUAUCCUUCGUCCUGAGUUUGUUGAUGCCGCUAAGAAAUUAAGAAGUAAGAUAUUUAAAAAGGUAAAACCAAAGACGCUCAACGGAAAAUUCAUUACUGGAGAAAUGCUGUUAGAACUAUGUCAUAGCUAUACUAAAGCAAUUAAUAAGGGUACAGUCCCUUCUAUCAAAAAUGCUUGGAGCUACGUAUGCCAAAAUGAAUGUCAGAGGGCAAUAAAUGACAGUAUCCGCUCUUUCGAGGAAAAAAUGAAUGAAUUCAUGCAUUUCUGUAAGCAGCAGCUUGACCAAAAAGUUCUUGAUGAAGGCACUUGCAAUAUUUUAGAAGAAGCCGUCCGGACAUUCAAGUCAAAAGCAGUUGGAGGCGACACUGAGGAGUUUGAGCAGAUUCUUCGCAAAGAACUCAAGAAGAAGGAGAAAGAUUUUAUGAAGACCUUCAAUUCUUACUGAGAAGAAAUCAUGGACAAGAAGUAUGAUAGGACUCUCAACCAGAUACGUAGAGAGAUCAACCUUUGUAGUAGUCCUGGAAGUGACCAAGAUGCUUCAAUUCGAGAGCAAAUCAAUAUCUUCCGACAUCAGUGUCAAGAUAAGCCUUACUUCGAUAAGAAGGAGGAAUGGAUCCUUGAGAAAUGACUUUCUCUCACUCUUAGGUUUGCAGAAAACUCAGCUCUCUCUGAGAAGAAAGAAUCCGAGACCCAGGUGAAAAUUUAUAAAACCCGUUGAGAAGAGUAUGAAUCAGUAUUAGCCCAGCUCAAGCAUGAAAAAGAGAUUGAAAAUGCGUCGUUAAAGGAGAAACUACAAAACUUCCAGGAAGAAAAGACAGAUCUUUUGGCUAAAACCCAGCUGUACGAGUCUAGAAUGGAUAAUUACGAGAAGGAAAAAGAGAAGCUUGAACAAAGCUUUAGAGACAAAUACGAUGAAAAUGAUGAAGAAAAGAGCCGAAUUAUAGACGAAAGCAAAUCUAAAAUCACUCAAUUGGUGGAACAUAUGAAGGAGAAGGAGGAACAAUACUUUAUGUCUAAUAAGAAAUUGGAGAACAUCAACGCUCUUCUAGAGCAGAAAAUGGAAAUGAUUGAAUCUUCAAUGAAAGAAAUUAAGGAAGAAAAACAGCAGAAAGAAAAAGAAUGAAAGGAACUACUCCAACAAGCCAAAACAUUAAAGAAGGAAAAUGAGAAGAUACAUCAAGAAAUGAAAAUGAAAGAACAAAAGAAUACUGACCAGGUGAAGAAAUUGACUGAAAAGGUGGCAACCCAGAGUAAGGCUCCAGCUCCAAUUAUGAAUACUCAGCAAAUCGCUCAGCAAAAUCCGCAUUUGCAACAGGAGUUUGAGGCUCUUUCAAAAGAGAGGGAUGAAUUGGCAAGACAAGUUGAAAUCCAAACGAUUCAGUUAGAGGAAAGAAGAAAUGCUCAUGAAGAACUUCUUUCUUCAUUCAAGAGUAUAGAGCAGUCUAAAUUAGAAGCUCUAAAGACUAAUUCUAUUUUAUCAGAAUCUGUAAAGCGAAGUGAUGAAAGAGCAAAGGAACUUGAAGAAAAGUUAAAAGGAUAUAAGAUCUACCAAAAGAUUUUUGAAUCUUCUUCCAAAAUUCAGUGAGUCCAUUGUGAAGAUUUCAUUUCAGCAAAUGCUUUCAAGAAUCAUCUGACCAAGUGUCCUUCAUUACAAACCGAUAGCUCAUUGCCUCCAUUGAAAGUGGAGCUGACAAAUUCUAACAUUAGGUGUGAUGAAAUAGAUGGCUAUAGUUACAGAGAGUACAUCUUGAAUGUAGAUUAUAGAGGAAAAGAGUAUAAAAUAAGGCCAAGAAUAAAUCUAUUCCUUAGGCUAUACGAUAGCCUCGAUGACCACUUCCCAAGCUUGAAAUUCCCAGAAGUUCCUGAAAUAUUUGCUCUCCAUCCUGAGGAUAGGCAAGCUUACAAGGAGGCAGGCCAUUAUGCAAAUGACCUCUCUGAGGAUCUGCAAGGACUUCUUUUGUUCUUCUGUAAAAACCCAGUGGUGAGAGAAUCUGUAUUUUUCAAGAAAUUUUUGGAGAUAGACAAGCAAUUUCCAGAUGAAUUUGCAAAUAAGUGGGGUGUCUCAGGUAGAAAAAGAGGGACUAUCAAGGUAGUUCAGAGCUACAGUAAUCUAGAACUGAUGCCUGAUGGGCACCCUAACAAUAUCUUCAGCUCUAAGGAAGACGGGAAAGUAGCCUAUAGUAUGAUUAGACAUGCAGACUCCUUACCUCAAAACCAGAGUCCGAACGGGAGAGAUGACAUUGAUACAGAUGAUGAUGAAUGAGUCAUUGAAGAGAAAAAUAUCAAUGAGUAUAUCCCAUAACAAUUAAUUGAAUUGAAUUGAAUUCAAUA